GUCACGUGGAUAACAAAACUAAGCGGAGAGCCGGAGGAGGAAGCAUUCGGGUGGAGCCUUUUCUUCCCUGUUGGUAGCUGAGCUGACAGCAUACUUGCAACCAGGUCGUUGGAAGCAAAAUCAUAAUCUUACUUCCAGCCUAAUGUACGCAAGUGCUUUACACCCUUGAAACAAACGGGGCCCUACCCUGCAUGCGACCGGCGGCGGCGACGGAAACGAAGUACUUUUGGUCAUGGCUGCAAUCCUGUGUUUAUCUAAUCUCGGUCGAUUCACCGGCAAUGACUCUUAGCCCGCAGGCGGGUGAGCAAGUAGUAUAGACAAGCAAGCAAGCAGCGCACACUACAUUGCCCAGCAUGCCUCGAAAAGCUCCAGGCAUGCUCAGUCUCUGUCCUGUCAGCCGCACUGCAUGGCGGCAGAUGUAGUCCGUGCAGCUUCUCUGCAUCCAGUAGGCUGGCUGGCGCUGGCGGGAGGACAGAGAGAGGAGGGCCUUAGGAGGUGGUCCGAAAGCUUGGAAAGCGCGCGCGGGUUGAAAAGACUUGCAAGAAGUUACCGUGGCCUGCUGCUGUUGCUGCUCUUCCCACGUGGACGGUGCCGACUCUUGUGCAGCUGCAGCUGCUGUCAUCAACGGUCGCUGCUCUCUCCUCCCCUACCCCAAGAUAUUGGGAUCAUCGUUUUCUAAUUCUGAGUGAAGCAGAAUCAUGGGGAUCCACGGUUUGCUCCAGUUCAUCAAAGAGGCUGCUGAAUCCACCCAUGUAAAGAAGUAUAAAGGACAAGUUGUUGCUGUGGAUACUUACUGCUGGCUGCACAAAGGAGCCUACGCGUGUGCUGAAAAGCUAGCCAGAGGAGAACCCACAGAUCAAUAUGUUGUUUACUGCAUGAAACUUGUUAAUAUGCUUCUGUCAUUUGGGGUCAAACCAAUUCUAGUAUUUGAUGGAUGUACCCUGCCUUCCAAAAAGGAAGUUGAAAAGUCACGAAGAGAGAAACGGCAAGCCAGUCUUUUGAAGGGGAAACAGCUGCUCCGUGAAGGGAAAUUAUCAGAAGCCAGAGAGUGCUUUUCUCGUAGUAUUAACAUUACACAUGCUAUGGCCUGUGAAGUUAUUAAAGCUGCUCGAGCCCAAGGAAUAGACUGCAUUGUUGCUCCAUAUGAAGCUGAUGCUCAGUUAGCCUACCUUAACAAGAUUGGCAUCGUCCAAGCUAUCAUUACAGAGGAUUCUGAUCUUCUUGCUUUUGGGUGUAAAAAGGUGUUUCUGAAAAUUGACAAGUUUGGAAAUGGCUUGGAAAUUGAUCAGGCUCGGCUAGGAAUGUGCAAACAGCUUGGUGAUGUGUUCACAGAAGAAAAGUUCCGUUACAUGUGCAUUCUGUCUGGUUGUGACUACCUUCCAUCAAUUCAUGGUAUUGGAUUAGCCAAGGCAUGCAAGUUACUAAAAAUAGCUAACAACCCUGAUAUUAUAAAGGUCAUUGGGAAAAUAGGGCAGUACUUGAAGAUGAAUAUAUCGGUGCCUGAAGAAUACAUACAAGGAUUUAUUCGUGCCAACAAUACUUUCCUCUAUCAGUUGGUAUUUGACCCAGUUAGAAGGAAGCUUGUUCCUUUGAAUGCUUAUGAUGAAGUUGAUCCAGAAACGCUCCUGUACGCAGGGAGACACAUGGGUGAUAGCAAUGCUUUUCAAAUUGCCCUUGGAAAUAAAGACCUCAAUACAAUGGAGCAAAUUGAUGACUACAACCCCGAUGCUCCACAGUGUGUGCAGCCAAGAAGUCGCAGCUGGAAUGACAAAUGUGGUAGUGAGAAGCCAUCUAAUCUGAAGAGUAUUUGGAGCAGAGACUACAACCCUGGUUUCACUUCCAAGAUCACCACAAGUUCUGAGCCACCGAUAGAGAAACCCACAACCAGAGGCAUAGAGCGGCUAAUUAACACAAGAGGGCUGAAAUUUCCAGGCAAAGCUCUGUUAGCAAAAAGGCCAAGACAAGAAGAGGUAUCAGAAGGAGAUCUGUUGAGUCAGUACUCCUUUCCAAAUGCAAAAACACCCAGGACAGAAAAGGGCGCCGAUGGCGAGCAGCAUGCGGUUAUCAGUGCUGUGUCUGUGAUCCAUUCUUCAAAGGACUUGUCCAGUCACAAAGAAAGUUCAAACUCCGAGCCCAGGCUUAGAAAUAGAUUUGCCUUCCUUCUGCACAAGAAGAACCAAGAGCGUGGUGCAGUUGUUGUUCCAGGGACCAGAAGCAGGUUCUUCUGUGGUAUCAUGGAUGCUCCUGAUGAUAUAUUAAAAGAGGAAAUCCACGAACCAGCUCAGGACAGAGAGAAGGAUUGUCAUAUUGUGGAAGCUGAAAGUGGAAUAACAGAAGAUCACAGUCCUUGCUCACCAGAGAAUGGGGAAAUGGGAAGAACCAUCUCGCCAUCACCUGCGGCACCACAGACCAGCUGCUUCAGUUGGUCUAGAAACUUUGCAGAAAGAUCUGCAACACCCAGCCCAUCUCAAAGUGUAGCAGCACUAAAGCUAAUGCGGUUUCACCGACAAACUCCCAACAAAGACACAUCCCAGGGCUGUAAAAUGUCUGAAUUGCAAAUGUUGAGUUCCAAAACAAGUACAGAGUCAGAUGAAGGUUCAUCACCUUUAAAAGAACUGGGCUGUUCAUCAGAACAAAAGUCUGACAAACUGUUGCAAAGCAGUCUGGAGACACCAGACAAUUCUCCAGUGACCAAUGAAAAAGUUAUUGGUGCCAGAGAAUCUGACAGCAGCCCAGAACCAGACUGUAAUCAGAAUUCUCAAAUCUCUCCAUUCUUUGACCCAUUGUGUAUAAAGGAUAAAGUCCCCAAGAGCAUGGUUCCUGGAUUGCAGAAAGCCAUUUCUGUGAAAGGUCAUGUUGUGACAAAAUGCAAGUUACUGAUGCCUGCCAAAGUUAGUGGCUUAAGCAAGAAAACAAGUACAAAGAAGAAAAACCAUCACAAUGCUGAAAAUAAGUCAGAAGUGCAGGUGACCAUUAAUGACCUAUGGAAGAGCUUCCAAUUCAAAAGAGAGUCUGAAAAGCUACCCUCUUCUAGAAAACCAGAACCAUUAUCUCCAGUCAAGGAUAAUAUCCAGCUCACUCCAGACACAGAUGAUGACUCAUUUAAUAAACUUGAAUUCAGUCAUGUACAACGGAAAAUAUUUCAGUGAACAAAUACCACAGAUCUGAACAAUUUUAUAAUCAUUGACCAACAGAAAUUCCAACAGGUUUGGAAAAAUUGCUCCUUGAUAACUUGGAUCAAAUUUAUACUUUUAUAUACUUAGAUAUGAACUGUACAUUUUAGUUUCUUCAACGACCUUGUCAGCUUCUAUUUUGAAAGAAGCCAAAUGAACAAUGUAUAGUGUUGAAUACCCGGCUUGAAUAAAAUCUUUUGGAUCACAA